UGUGGAAUGUCAAGCAAUGACAAGCUAACCAACCAAAUACGACACCACAUCAUUGUUGAUCCAAGCUCGUUGGUGUACGGAGGAAUCUCGAGACUCAGUAAGUGGCAGACAGAGUACUCCCUUACGGUUUUUGUUCCCAACUAUACACUGAGAGAACUUGACUUCCUCAAACGCUCGAUCAAUCCUGUUGUUGCCCGAAAUGCCCGGGAAAGCAUUAGAGUGAUUGACGCGGCAAUAUCCGAAGACCCCGCCGAUACCCAAAAUCCGCGUAAUUCGCAGUUUCUGCUGGAAUCUCCAGAAGAAGCAGGCCCAGACUGGAAAAAAGCUUCAAGCUACAGACAACGCACACCCUUGGUACGAGAGAUACCGGCAGUGGCUAGCGGCUACGGACUAUAUCAAGAGCCUCGGAACAAGGCUAUGCGCUCGUUGAACACGGCGUUCGAACAGCAGGAGGACAUUACAAAAAAUACCAAUCAGCAUGAAAAGGCCAAGGUCCCUCCUCGACUAAGGUACCUGAUCCGCUCGUGCAUUCAAAAACAGUACGUCGAAAAUAAGAAGCGGAAACCCAAGUCGAGAAUCGACUGGGUGCUCGUUUGCGAGGACCCUAUCACUACUACAUGGCUCCGGUGUUUCGGGUUCAAAGUACUGAGCAUGAACCAGAUGCAAGCGUUUCUGGAACAGCCAACCUCCAUCGACCUGCCAAAAGCAGCGAACGAAAAGCCGGGCAUGGUGAAAACACAGGAUUACAGGAAAAUCACGUUUGCUCCCAGAGGAUCUGGCAAGUUGUGGAAACCGUAGCUCUAACAUGUUAGUCAACUUUUGGAAAACGCAGCUUCAGAUAGGUGUCAAGGGUUAUAUUCAUCGAGCCGGAAGCUCUAACAUUAGAGAUGCCAGAAAGAAAAGUAAUAAUAACAGGUAUUCAUCAUAUGCUGCUUUCAAAAAGUACUUACACUCAUGGAAAAGGUGAAGUUUUUUUUUCGCAGCUGAAAACUUUUUAUGCUAUCUGGUGUAGAGGUGCUCGCGCUCGUGCUUGCGGAUCAGGAUCACUGCAAGAACGUAGGCUUCGAGGUUCAGGUUGGGCGAGUUCCUGUAUAUCUGCUGCAGCAGACUGUCCGGACACGAAAUCUGGUUGUAUCUGAGCGACUUGGCGAACUCUGCCGGCUCUAAAUAGCAUGACUUAUCCGAGUCGUGAUAUUUGAAUGAAUCGUAGCAUCCUUUGAGGAAUUUGCACAAUCUGAUGAAAUCUCGAAACUCCAACUCAGAGGUGGUGGACACAAACGUGUUACAGAGACGUCUGGCACUGUCAGAUCUGAAAUAUGUUCCUUCUGGAUUGAUGAGCAGCUGUCGCAAAUCUUCGUAAUCAAUGGAGUCCUUGUCAAACCGUGAGAAUGCGUCGUAAAGUUGCUGAUUAUGAACAGAGAUCGAGUCUGGACCCAUGCGCGAGAGCAGGCU